AUGUUUGGAGCCACGCGGGCGGGGCCGCAGGAGAAGGGAGGAGAAACUCCCCUCCAUCCGAGGAGACCCCGGGGCGAGUGGAGGAAGACCCGGGAUCCGAACCUGCGGCGCGCUGCCUUCACGACCCUUCCUCGGAUCUCAGGAACCCCGCGGCUAGUGCCCGCCCUCCCGGAGGAGCGGCCCGGGUGGCGCGCGCGCGCGCGUGGAGCAGGUGCCCACGGGCCCCUAGCGUGCGCCCGCGGUGGUGGCUGCGCGGGGCGCUCGGGGCCGCCCCAGGUCCGGGGUCACAUCGCGCUGCCGGGCCGGGGGGUGGCGGGGGACAUGUCGCUGGUGACGGGCAGCAGCAGUAGCAGCAGCAGCAGCAGCGAGGCGGCCGGCGGCGGGGCCGGGGGCGGCGGUGCCCGCGUUUUCUUCCAGAGUCCCCGCGGUGGCGGUGGCGCUGCGGGAGGUGGCAGCCCGGCUCCCAGCAGCGGCGGCGGCGGCGGCUCCGGCUCCUCCCGGGAGGACUCGGCUCCGCCGCCUCCCGUGGUGGCCACAGCCGCCGCCGGGCAGCUUCAACAGAGGCGACACCAGCAGGGCAAAGUGACGGUGAAAUACGACCGCAAGGAGCUUCGCCGGCGCCUGGUGCUGGAGGAGUGGAUCGUGGAGCAGCUGGGACAGCUGUACGACUGCGAGGAAGAAGAAAUGCCAGAUGUAGAAAUUGACAUUGAUGAUCUUCUUGAUGCAGACAGCGAAGAAGAAAGAGCUUUAAAAUUACAGGAAGCUCUUGUAGACUGCUACAAACCAACAGAGGAAUUUAUCAAAGAGCUGCUGUCCCGGAUCCGAGGCAUGAGGAAACUGAGCCCUCCACAGAAGAAGAGCGUAUGAUUCUGGAACAGGGUGGAAUUCUCUCGGCGACAAAGAAAGGGUCGUGGGAUCUGGACUUCGCAGAGACUUUUACUAAACAAUAGUUGUCCUUACAAACAACUUUUUUUUUUUUUUUUUGCUGUGUGUGUGUGGGGAACCUAUUAGACAUUUAUUCGAACGUGUUUCUUUUUUGUUGUUGUUUCUAAGGGUUUUCAUUAGUGUCAUAUUUUAAUGCAAAGAUACACUAUUUUGGACUACGGUCCAACCAAGGAUUAUCAAAGCGGAUGAAUACCUGAGGAUGGGCCAAGCCAGGCCAGGCAGUGUUUUCUGCAAAGCACUCCGAUGUGCAGGAGCUUACUAUGCAGGGAAGAUGGUUUUCUUAUUACUUUUGGUUAACACAUUUAUUUUUAAGUUGUAUAUUUGCCUCAGAUGUCAGAUUUCUCACUCUUGUAUAUAACAACCCACCACUAAGUUAAAAAUAUAUUGAUGUGAGUUUUUAUUUCAUAUCGGUGGAAUAAACUUGUGCUUGUCCCGUGCUGGGAGCUGACAGCACACGUGUUUUCAAGAGGCCACUGGGCGUUGGUUGUGUGAGGGCUGUUGCCCGUCGAUGUUCACUUUUGGCACCAAAGUGGAAGAAUGGAGGAUAUCCGUUAUUUUGAUGAGCCACAGCCAUAGACGCGUUGAGUUGGUCAAGGGCUCAAAUUAUGGACUUUAUAUUGUUUCAUUGGUUGGGAUGCUUUGCCAGGUCAUGUACUUAUUGCCUCAUGUGUGGUUUUGGUUUCUUUUUUCUUUUUUUAAGUUUUAUGAACCCUUCACUUGAAGAACUAACCUGAUUCCUAAAGAAACACCCAUACUACCUGUGUGGUGGUUUGCUAUGGGAAAUGGAAGCACCACGUUAACCAUGGACUCUCUGCUUUCAACCAAAUAUUGUGUAUCGUCUCAUCCGUGAAAGCAGAUGGAGAAGGGGCCUUCUCGGAAGUAGAUCUCGGCCCUUUCUGUGCCUGGGGGUCAUCAGCCCGGAGCUGUGAGCUGAGCACCAUGCAAGUGUACAGAGGGAGAGGCCUCAAUGUCUCUCAAGACAGUCUGCCCAGAACCACUUGCCUGAGUCAUGGAAGCCCAGUUGCAUUUCCAUUUUUCUCUCAGAGCUGCAUGGUGGGAACUUUGGGGGCUCCUGGCCCUUCUUGUGACCUUGAUUUCCAUGUGUGGAGCUGGGCCUGAUCAUCUACCUGACCCCCUCAGUUACUUACCAGCUCUUUGGAGGAGAAUUGAAAUUCAGAUGGGGUACAGGCAGGGUAUGAGGUGAGAGUAGAAACCUUUCUUCCUUCUGGGAAGGCCUGGCUGCCUGUCCUCAGAGACCCUGCCUACUGUUAGAAGUCUCCAGAUGGCCCUGUCUAAAGACAGGGACCAGGCAUUUUAUAUCAAGGGUGCUUUGAACAUAUUUUAUUUUUUAAAAGAACUAUGGUUGUGAAUUUUACGUAUACUGGCAAGCUUUUGAAAAUGUAUUUAAUUUUGUAAUGUUUACCGAUGAUUUAUUUACAAGCUAUUUACUCAAAUAAAUGGAGCUGCUUACAAACCUGUU